AUGGCCUCGACUAGGGCGUAUGUGACGCACCUGAGUAUCGAACGCACGCACAAGUUCUUCCCUUGUGUUGGGGCACUCGUCGCUCCGAACAUGGUGUUGUUUUCCGCCAACUGCUUCAAUUCCAGCACGAUUGGAAUGUCUCCAAACGAAGCCAUCUCUGUCGCAUCGACCUACCCAAACAAAUCUGGCUAUGACGAAUGGAUCCCCAUCGUCCAACGACACUACCAUCCAAAACUCGACGAAAUGAACCAGGAAUACGACGUGGUGGUGGUCAAAUUGAAGACUCCAAGCCGGUACCCCCCUGUCAAAAUUCACUGGGGCGACAUGGACCCCGGGAUCAACGUGGGAGUCAAUGGAUGGAUUCUGAGCCAACCCGAACGACCCGCCUUUCAACCGAACAUGACUCUACUCGACAACAAGGACUGUCAAGAACGAAUGAACGAUGCUGCUCCACCUUCGUUCACCAUCUGCGACUCAAUUCAGUGUGCGUGGAAUUCUGACAACGCAAAAUGCGCCGAGUACACUAGUGGCCCUCGCGAGGAAGUGCUGUUGAAUGGGCCUCUCGUGGUGGUGUUGAAUGGUAAAGAUCACUUGAUUGGCAUCAGUCUUGCGCCAGGCCAUUGCUCGCCACUUCCCUACAUGUAUACUCGUCUAUCGACGAUGCGCGAUUUCAUUGAACCGUUCGUCAGCGGAAUCUAA